UUUUGAUCCAUCAACCUUUGACCUUCAUGAUCCCACAGCCCCACAGUCAUGCAUCGUGGAAUAACGUUAUGAUUUCGUUCAUAAGAUGGACAAAUGCGUGAAAUUCGACUCUUUGUGAUUGGUUGACCUUCAAGCUAUGACAUCAGUGAACGUUUUCGUGACCAACAAUACUUACAUUGACUUUGACGUCUUCGGCCAUUGGCUGAACGGGCUAACAGUCCAUGAAGCAGUGCAGGCGCGGCUGCAGAGCGGGAUCCUGCAGUCGACGGGCGCCUCCCCGGACAUGCUCCAGAGCGACACGCUCGACAACUACCGCACAUUCUCGCUGCUGGAGCGCUUCCUGCAGUCACCGCCCAAACUGGCCACGCAGGUCCUGCUGCAGAUUCCCGCAGCUGUGCAGAGGACACUGAUAGAGAAAUACUACGACUUUGACAGCGCGGUUAUCCGCGAAAUCCUCGGCAAGAAGCUGACCAAUCGGCACAGGAAGGACGUAGAUGAUGUCAGCGAGAGAACCAACAUCCGUCUGCGCAGCUGCAGGAGACAGUAUGACAACUGCAAGAACAUCUUCAAGACAGUGGAAGACAUGGAGGGUUCUCUGGUCAACAACAUCAGCGGCCACUUCCUGCUACCGGAGAAGCUGGCCAAAAGGUACGCCGCCAUCGUGUUCUUCAGUAAUAACCGGUUUGAGACAGGGAAGAAGAAGCUGCAGUAUCUGUCGUUUGACGACUUCGCGUACUGUGCCGACCUCAUGAUCCACAACUGGACGUUUGGGGCGGCAGACUCCCAGGCAGACGACAUGGAUGUGGAGAUGGACCGAGUCUUCCUGCAGGAGCUCAGGGAUCUUAAGGUGCUCACGGGAGAGAAGGACGUCUACGAGAAGCACAAAGGCCUGGUGUGUUCCGCCCUGAGAGGCAAGAUCCCAGACCCGACGUACGCUGACAUUGAGAGCAACUUCAAGAACCUGUCGCGGUGCAUCGUGAGUGUCGCCUCCGGUCUGAUCCACAGCAAGGAGCUGAAGGACUUCUUUGUGGACCUGGUGGAGAAGUUCAUCGAGCCCUGCAGAAACGCCAGGUGGAGUAAGAGGGACGUUGAGGCGUUCCUGAAGGCGUACGAGGCGGCAAUCCAGCAGAUUCCACAGCUGAAACGGUACCAGCCACACUUGCUGACCGUGUGGACCCGCUACAUGACCACGCUCAAGAAAUGCAUUCUGCAACUGUAUCACAGCUGACACCUGGAACAGCAGCUGUAAUAUAGGGGGCACCUGGAACAGCAGCUGUAAUAUAGGGGAUGCCUGGAACAGCAGCUGUAAUAUAGGGGACACCUGGAACAGCAGCUGUAAUAUAGGGGACACCUGGAACAGCAGCUGUAAUAUAGGGGACACCUGGAACAGCAGCUGUAAUAUAGGGGGCACCUGGAACAGCAGCUAUAAUAUAGGGGGCACCUGGAACAGUAGCUGUAAUUUAGGGGACACCUGGAACAGCAGCUGUAAUAUAGGGGACACCUGGAACAGCAGCUGUAAUAUAGGGGACACCUGGAACAGCAGCUGUAAUAUAGGGGACACCUGGAACAGCAGCUGUAAUAUAGGGGACACCUGGAACAGCAGCUGUAAUAUAGGGGACACCUGGAACAGCAGCUGUAAUAUAGGGGGCACCUGGAACAGCAGCUGUAAUAUAGGGGACACCUGGAACAGCAGCUGUAAUAUAGGGGACAGCUGGAACAGCAGCUGUAAUAUAGGGGACAGCUGGAACAGCAGCUGUAAUAUAGGGGGCACCUGGAACAGCAGCUGUAAUAUAGGGGGCACCUGGAACAACAGCUAUAAUAUAGGGGGCACCUGGAACAGUAGCUGUAAUUUAGGGGACACCUGGAACAGCAGCUGUAAUAUAGGGGACACAUGGAACAAUAGCUGUUAUAUAGGGGACACCUAGAACAACAGCUGUAAACUGAUAUAGGGGACAUUGAACAUCAGCUAUGCCACAGCUGACAUGGCUGCAGUACCACACCUGACAACUGGAAGUGCAGCUGUAUCGCAGCUGGAACAGCAGCUAUGAUGCAGCUGAGUACAUUUUGAGCAGCAGCUGUAUCACAGCUGCAGGCAGUACCACACCUGAUAUCUGGAAAGUGCAUCUGUAUCACAGCUGUGCCUAGAAGAGCUAAUGUGUUAUAGGGGACACAUGACAUUGAAGCUAUAAUGUAGGUGAUAGCUGGUACCUGUAACAGUUGCUGUGCUUUACCUGAUAACUGGGACUACAGUUGUACGAAACCUGUGACCAUGAAUAGCAGCCGUUUCGCAGCUGAGACCAGAAACAAAAUCGUAGCUGGAACAGCAGCUGUAAUGUAGGGAACACUUUGAACUGAAGCUAUGCCACAACUGAUGCCAGGAAUAACAGCUGUUGUACAGCAUGGAACCUGGAUGAGAAGAUAUAUCACAGCUGACACCUGGGAUAGUAGGUGUGGUGCAGCUGACACAUGGAAUAGCAGUUUUGUACAGUUGGAACUCUACCUACGAAUAGCUGGAACUGCAGAUGUAGUGUAGGCAACACUUAGAAUAGCAGCUGUAUAGCAGCUAAACAAGGAACAGCAGUUGUAUCUCAGCUGGCACCUGGAAUGGCAGCUGAAUUUUAGCUGGAGCCAUGAACAGCAGCUGUAAUACAGCAGACACUUGAAACAGCAACUGUAUUACAGCUAACACCUGAAAUAGCAGCUGUAUCACAACUGACAAUUGGACACCAACUGUAUUAUAGCAGGCACCUGGAAUAGCAGCUUAUCACAACUGACAAAUAGUUCUAACAGCAGCUACAUUGCAGCUGUCACCUGCAGUUGCAGCUGUAUUACAGCUGACAACUAGAACAGCAGCUGUAAUACAAGAAACAUUUGGAAUGGUCUAUCAUAGAUGCACCUUAGCUGUAACUGAAUUAUGGAACAGCAGAUAUGUCAUUGUUGACACCCAGAACAGCAGCUGUCAUAUAGCUAUCAUCUAGAACUGAAAUACCACACAUGUACAUGGAGAGAAGGCACUUGUGUUUCAUCCCCUGCUUCACCUUUUGUAAAUACUGUAUCAUCUGUCCCAGUACAUAGAGCAGUGUGUAAACAAGUGUGAGCUGUAGGUUUGGUCCCAUCCUUUACUCCUAUCAGUUGUGUUAUCAUGUUUCUUGUGUGAAUAACAGAUUGUACAUACUGUGACUAGUACAGACGCCCAACUAUAGGUAGCAUUAUGUGGGAUGAACAUUCCAUUUACAGUUCUUGUUGCAAGAACGAAGAAACUGUUACAAUUCAGAGAUGUUUCAGCAUUUUAUCUU